GUCUUGUACUUCUCCAGGAAGGUUUAAUAAGCACUGGGCUUGAGAUCUCGAACCUUGAACUGGGUCUUGUACUUCUUCAGGAAGGUUCAAUGGGCACCAGGAUUGAGAUCUCAAACCUUGAACUAGGUCUUGUACUUUGCCAGAAAGGUUCAAUAGGCACCAGGCUUGAGAUCUCGAACCUGGAACUGGAUCUUGUACUUCGCCGGAAAGGUUCAAUAGGCACCGGGCUUGAGAUCUUGAAUCUGGAACUGGGUCUUGUACUUUGCCAGAAAGGUUCAAUGAGUACUGGGCUUGAGAUCUCGAACCUUGAACUGGGUCUUGUACUUUGCCGAGAAGGUUCAAUGGGUACCAGGCUUGAAAUCUCGAACCUUGAACUGA